AUGUAUGCUGCCAUGAGCUCUUCUUAUGGUUUAAUGAACACAAAUGCUAUUAUCAAUCCGUCGACUAGUCAUCAUCAUCAUAAUUAUGUCAUAGAAUCACCAUCAUCAUCAUCAUCAAAUAAAUAUUCAACAACAUCAUUAUUAGAUGUAGGAGUAAACAAUAACGAUUAUGGUAAUAACAAUGGUGCUACAGCCGCACUAUUACCCUCCUAUCAUACAAAUUCACAUUUAUCUCAGAAUGGGACACACAUUAUUGGCCAAAUAUCAUCAUCAACAUCAAAUGGGAAUGGCAAUUCUUCUUUAAUACAACAACAACAGGACUAUUAUACAUCGUCCUAUCGUCCACAAUCUUCAAAUUAUAGUUUUCAUGAUAAUCUAUAUCGUUCAUCACAUUAUACACCUACAUCUCCCAGCGCAUCGUGUGCUUAUACCUGUCAUGGAUCGUUAAAUGGACCUCUCUAUUCUGCUCAAAUUCCAUUAUCAAACACCGGUGUUCAACAACAACAACUCUCAUCAACUGAGGUCACCUCUUCAUCUCAAAUUUUGGGAUCACUUGAUCAUUAUGGUUUAUCAUCAGUUAGUCCGUGUCAACAACAGCAACAGUCACCUAGUAGCACAAAUAGCCCUGAUUUGCAACAACAACAUCUUUAUACAAAUAAUCUCGCCUCUCAUCAUCUUGAACAAACUCAACAACAAGCAGAAAAGAGCAAUCAACCACCACCAGUCAUUUAUCCAUGGAUGAGAAAAGUUCAUAUUAAUAAUCCAGUCACUAAUUUUACAAAUGGUGAAACAAAACGUGCUCGUACCGCUUACACUCGACAUCAAGUUUUGGAACUAGAAAAAGAAUUUCAUUUUAGUAAAUAUUUGACACGUCGUCGACGAAUUGAAAUUGCACAUUCACUUUGUUUAACAGAACGACAAAUUAAAAUUUGGUUUCAAAAUCGACGUAUGAAAUGGAAAAAAGAUCAUAAACUUCCAAAUACAAAAUCGAAAUUACCCGAUACAGUACCAAAUACUACGCUAUCAACACCAACAUCUUCGACAUCAUCUCAAAUGAAUAAUGAAGAAUUAGAUAGUCCAGAUAUAAUUAAAAAAGAACAUAAUAUAAUUAAAGAAGAAUCAUUUUCACCAAGAUCUACCUGA